GCUCGUCUGCGCUUUGCCGCCGUCCAGACCGCAUCGCAGCUCGCCCUCGACCAGACCGCACCCGUCGCACACCACAGCCUCCCGUCCGCCGCCAUCAUCCCUCCACAGCCAUGCUCUUCACCAUCAAGACGCUGCUGCAGAAAAAGUUCACCGUCGAGGUCGACCCGAGUCUCUCGGUCCUCGCCUUGAAGGAGGCGAUCGAGAAGGCCGAGGGCUCCUCCGCCGCCUCGCAGAAGCUCAUCUUUGCCGGCAAGAUUCUCGCCGACGACAAGCCCAUCGCUGAAUACAACAUCCAGGAAACGGAUUUCAUCGUGGUCAUGGUCACAAAGCCCAAGGCCACCACAUCGUCCGCAGCCGCGGCUCCAGCACCAGCCCCUGUGCCACGCCCUGACGCAGCCCCGGCCCCGGCUCCAGCUGCAGUUCCAGCUGUAGUCCCUGCUCCUGCUCCUGCUCCUGCCUCGGCUCCUGCUUCGGCUCCUGCUUCGGCUCCUGCUCCGGCCCCAGGUCCUGUCCCGGCUCCUGCGCCCCAGGCCGCCGCUGGCGCUGCACCUACAGACGCCGCCGUUGCUGCCUUUGAUGCCUCUACCCUCGCCACUGGAACUGCCUACAAUGCCGCCGUCAACAACCUCAUCGAAAUGGGCUUUGAACGGACUCAGGUCCUGGCAGCCAUGCGAGCCGCCUUCAACAACCCCGACCGUGCUGCAGAGUAUCUGAUGACUGGUAUCCCCGAUUCAGUUGCCCGCGAAAUGAAUGCUCCUCCGCCUACACCCGCUGCCUCUGCUCCUCCCGCUGCAGGCGCCACAGCCCCAACGGCUCCGACAGCUUCGGCGCCUUCGGCGACUCCUACGACUGCUGCCGCCACAACCGUUGCUGCCGCUGCUGCCGGUACUGCUCCAGCAUCAGAUGCCCCUGUCAACCUCUUCGAGGCUGCUGCCCAACAUGCCCGCAGCCAGCAGACCGCAGCCGCUACGUCAGACAGCAACUCGCUGGCUUUCCUGCGCAACUCCCCCCAGUUCCAACAGCUUCGCCAGAUGAUCCACGCCCAGCCGGAGCUCCUGCAGCCCAUCCUGCAUCAGCUCACGCAGUCGAACCCACAGCUCGUUCAGGCGAUCUCGCAGAACAUGGAUGGAUUCCUGCAGCUGCUCCAGGAGGGUGCCGACGACGACGCAAUGGACACUGGCGCUGAGGGUGGCCCUGGUCCUCAGUAUAUCCAAAUCACUCAGGAAGAGUCCGAUGCCAUCGACCGGCUCACUGCUCUCGGAUUUGAUCGGGCCCUUGCCGUGGAAGCCUACUUUGCCUGUGACAAGAACGAAGAGCUGGCGGCCAAUUACCUCUUUGACAUGAGCAACCAUGCCGAUUGGCAGUAAUGUGAAUCGGAUGGGGCUCUGGCUGCCGGUCUCCUCUCGCGCUUCAUCGCCGCAUCCGCCCCUUGCCAACACUCCCAGCCGAGUGCCGCAUUCGAGCGACUGAACUCAUGGAUAUGUGCGCGCCAGCCGGACGUUCCCUGUCAAAAAUGAGUCCGUGUGGCUGAGCGAAUAUGAAUUUGUGUGAAUAUAGUCUUUGGUGGUAUCUGCAGUAUAUGAGGGUCUGUCUCGGCACCGAUACAUAUCGAUCGGGCCACUCCAAGCGACAUCGCUGAGCGCGAGGGCACGAUUGGGUU